GGCGGGCGGGCGCUGCGUCCUGCAGCCAUUGGGUUCCCGCGCGCGUCCUCGGCCUGGGGGGGGUCCCUGGUUUCUCAGCAUGACCGUCAAGAAGAUCGCGAUCUUCGGCGCCACUGGCAGGACCGGCCUCACCACGCUGGCGCAGGCGGUGCAAGCAGGUUAUGAAGUGACCGUGUUGGUUCGAGACCCUGCCAGGCUUCCAUCAGAGGGGCCCCAGCCAGCCCAUGUGGUUGUGGGUGACGUUCGUCAGGCGGCUGAUGUGGACAAGGCUGUGGCUGGGCAAGACGCUGUCAUCGUGCUGCUGGGGACUGGCAAUGACCUCAGUCCCACCACAGUGAUGUCCGAGGGUUCCCGGAACAUUGUAGCAGCCAUGAAAGCUCACGGAGUGGACAAGGUCGUGGCCUGCACCUCGGCCUUCCUACUAUGGGACCCAACCAAGGUGCCCCCACGCCUACAGGACGUGACCAAUGACCACAUCCGGAUGCAUAAAGUGCUGAAGGAAUCCGGCUUGAAGUAUGUGGCUGUGAUGCCUCCACACAUAGGAGACCAGCCACUAACUGGGGCCUACACAGUGACCCUGGAUGGACGAGGGCCCUCGAGGGUCAUCUCCAAACAUGACCUGGGCCACUUCAUGCUGCGCUGUCUCACCACCAACGAGUAUGAUGGGCACGCCACCUACCCCUCACACCAGUAUGAAUAGUGCCCUGGCCUCUGCUAGGAGGAUGAGAUUCUGGGAAAUGAGCCACAAAGAUGGAGUAAUAAAUCUUGAGCCAAGAGCUACACAUUA